GUUGCUGAUGGAAUCUCUGACAGUGAACUUGAUUACCACUAUACUACUGCACGGUACUACCAUACAUACAUUGUAACAUUUCAUACACGGAAAGCCUACCAAUUAGCGGCAACAUGUGUCCGCGCAAGUGAGAAACUUCGUCAAGUUUUCGCGAAGUUGUUAAACAUUGUGGAGUCCAGCAGCCACCUGGAUUUAAUAGAUAUCCUCCCACAGUCUCACAUAACAACUUUUGGUCUUCGAAGGAAUUAUUAGUCAGCAGAAAUUCGCCAGUGUAUCUGUUAUCACUCUUCACUUCAGUCAGUUAUAUAGAAGGAAACUGAAUGACAGGACGUCUUGUGGCAGAUCAAACACAGAACCAGCGCCGACGAUAUUCGUGAUCCGUUAUAAAAUAACUCGUACAGAAAUUGAUAAUUGAAGAAUGGUUGGAAAUGCAACUGUCUGAACCCUGAGAGAAAGCACGAAGAGGGGGAAUUAUGGAUACAGGUUAUAACCUCAGUAAUAUAGUCGACUGCAACAGUAGCAACCCCUCUUGCCAUGAUCCCGUGGAUGGCGUGGAGGAAAAAGCGACAGAAUUGUACAUCGUCGUGGCCAUCCUCACCCUCUUCAGCAUCGUCGGCACCAUCGGCAACGCAACCUCCUUUUACAUCUACUUCAAGCGACGCGACAAGUCGACCUCAGUGAUUUUCAUUCUAGCUCUGGCCGGUACGGACUUCUUGACCUGCCUCGUGAUUAUUCCCUAUACUAUUAUCUUUGAACUAGUCAACUAUUACCUGUACUAUGACAUCCUGUGUAAAUUAUACAUGUUCCUCAUCACCUCCAAUAUACCUUUCUCGGCAUUCAUUAUGACGGCCAUAGCAUUCGACAGGUAUUUAUGUAUUUGUCACCCGUUUCUACACGCUUUGAAUGUGACGAGAGCCAAAAUUCUUGUGCUGUGCCUUGCUUUUUUGGCACUUACUUUUGGCAUGAUCACCGGUUUAUCCUAUGGUACUUAUUCAAAUUAUUUCGGUCCAGAAGAAAUGGAAGGUAUGGUUUCACCGGAUUUAUUUUACAAUACGACAGAAUAUGACGUAAUGGAUUACCCGGAUGCCGUAGCCAACAACGAGACAAACGAAACAACAACAAACCGCGGGAUUUAUUUCCAUGGUGAUUGUGCUCUGAACAAAUUAAUUAUAAGUGAUGAGUUUUUAAACGCGUAUCAGAAGGUUUAUACCGGAUGUUUUCUAGUUUCAUUUGUGGCUGUCGUAAUCUUGUAUUGUAUGAUAUACCACUCGAUCCUCGCGCGAAGAGCUAAGAAAGCCAAAAGAAAGCGGAAGAAGUAUUAUACAAGUGUAGCAGGAACUGAACGGGAGGCCAACACAAUGAAUACCCUAACAACGACGGUCAAUGGCAAUUCGGGAGUGCCGGUCACAGAUAAGGUUACCUCCCAAAAACCGGGUAAACGGCCAAGCACUGUCCGAGAUACGACACUCUACGCUAACAUAAAAACUGCUUUGAUGUUGUUCGUGGUGACCAUAGUUUUUACCAUAGCUUUUCUGCCUUCUUGGUUGAUGGCUCAUCAGCUAUUGCCGUUCAACAUGAUUGUAUUCUACAUGUAUUUCUCUUAUAACCUGGCUAAUCCUAUCAUAUACGCCUUUAUGAAUCAAACAUUUCGAGAGGAUUUAAAGAACAUUGUUAAAAUAUGUAAAUAGGUCAAAAAAAAUAAUAAGACUCUUUCGUUUUGUUUGUAUUCUGCCCUUUGUGUAAAUAUCAGCAGUUUUUUUUCUCAAUUUGGAAUUUCCUUUCUCUUUUAUUUCCAUUUUCUCUUAUUUGAAUAAAAAUCAUUAAAAUGUUCCAAA